AUGGCCCUUGCCCCCGCCCCCACCCCAGGUCCACAGAGGAGGAAACGCAACUCCACAGGGCCCAGCAUGUUCCUGGACACAGCCGGGCAGCCACCUGGCCGCCAGAAAGAACGGGAGGCGGCUGCCUUCCCGCCCACGACCGCCCUUGCCCCCGGAGGCCCCCCCCCCUUCCGGGUGCAUGCAGGUCUGAGUGAGCUGGAUCUGGGCUGGAUGGCCUGGUACUGCCUUCACUUCCAGGCAGCCCUCCUUCUCCCGCACCCCCAGCCCCGCUCCAAGGACCUGCAGGAACAAAGCAACCUUUCAUGCCGAGGAGGCCAGGACCGAGUGGACUUUGGCCAGCUGGAGCCACACACGGUGCUCUUCCAUGAGCCGGGCAGCUCCUCCGUGUGGGUGGGUGGCCGAGGCAAGGUGUACAUCCUUGAUUUCAACGAAGGCAAGAAUGCCUCCCGGCGCAUGGUGAACAUAGACCCCACCAAGGGCGCUUGUCAGGGCAAGCAGGACUGUGAGAACUACAUCACCCUCCUGGAGAGGCAGGCCCAUGGCCUGCUGGUCUGCGGCACCAACGCUCGGCGCCCCAGCUGCUGGCGCCUGGUGAAUGACAGUGUGGAGCCCCUUGGCGAGAAGAGGGGCUAUGCGCCCUUCAGCCCGGAAGAGAGCUCCUUGGUCCUAUUUGACGGGAAGGAGGUCUACUCCACCAUCCGGAAGCAGGAAUACAACGGCAAGAUCCCCCGGUUCCGCCGCAUCGAGGGCGAGAACGAGCUGUACACCAGCGACACCGUCAUGCAGAACCCGCAGUUCAUCAAGGCCACCAUCGUCCACCAGGACCAGGCCUACAAUGACAAGAUCUACUACUUCUUCCGGGAGGACAAUCCUGACAAGAACCCCGAGGCCCCGCUCAACGUGUCCCGAGUGGCCCAGCUGUGUAAGGGGGACCAGGGCGGUGAGAGCUCCCUGUCUGUCUCCAAGUGGAACACGUUCCUGAAGGCCAUGCUGGUCUGCAGUGACGCCUCCAGCAACAAGAACUUCAACAGGCUGCAGGAUGUUUUCCUGCUCCCCGACCCCAGUGGCCGGUGGGCGGACACCAGGGUCUACGGCGUCUUCUCCAACCCCUGGAACUACUCGGCCGUCUGUGUGUAUUCGCUGGGUGACAUCGACAGAGUCUUCCGCACCUCCGCGCUCAAGGACUACCACCUGAACCUUCCAAACCCUCGGCCGGGCAAGUGCCUCCCAGACCACCAGCCGAUCCCCACGGAGACCUUCCAGGUGGCUGACAGCCACCCUGAGGUGGCGCAGCGAGUAGAGCCCAUGAGCCCCCAGAAGAUGCCACUGUUCCACUCCAAGUACCACUACCAGAAAGUGGUCGUGCACCGCAUGCAGGCCAGCCACGGGGAGACCUUCCGAGUGCUCUACCUGACCACAGACAGGGGCACCAUCCACAAGGUGGUGGAAUCGGAGCGGAGCCCGGCCUUCAACAUCAUGGAAAUCCAGCCCUUCCGCCGCACUGCGGCUAUCCAGGCCUUGACCCUGGACUCUCGGCGGUGGAAGCUGUAUGUCAGCUCCCAGUGGGAGGUCAGCCAGGUGCCCCUGGACCUGUGUGAAUUCUACGUCGGGGGCUGCCACGGCUGUCUCAUGGCCCGAGACCCCUACUGCGGCUGGUCGCAGGGUGGCUGCUCUUCCAUCCACAGUGCCCAGAGGUUCUCCAUGCUGCAGUCCGUUAACCUCACUGAGCCACACAAAGAGUGCCCCAACCCAAAGCCAGACAAGGCCCCAGUGCAGAAGGUCUCUCUGGCCCGGAACUCACGCUACUACCUGAGCUGCCCCAUGGAGUCCCGCCAUGCCACUUACUCGUGGCGCCACAACAAGACGGUGGAGCAGAGCUGUGAGCCCGGCCACCCGAGCCCCAGCUGCAUCCUGUUCAUCGAGAACUUCACAUCCAGGCAGCACGGCCACUACCUCUGCGAGGCCCAGGAGGGCUCCUACUUCCUGGAGACCCAGCACUGGGAGCUGCUGCCCAGCGAGGGUUCCACAGCCGAGCACCUGAAGGGCCACACUGGCACCCUGGCCGUCUCCUUCUGGCUGGGGGUCCUGCCCACCCUUGCCCUCGGCUUGCUGGUCCACUAGGGUCUCCUGGACCAGGCUGCUCCGGGAAUCUCUCACUCGCAGAGUCGGCCAGCCCUCCCGGGCUCCUCGCGCCUGCCUCUCCCAGGGGACCGCAGGCCCCAUGAGGUCCUGGGCCUGGAGCUGGCCAGCCGCGGGCGGCUGCUGGGCCUCAGUGCUGCGGGAGGUGGUGGGGUCAGAGCAUGAACGCGCCCCUGUGGAGCUGGGCUGAGGCCUUGUCCCCUGGAGAAUGUGUGUCAGACUUGACUGAAAGAGCAAUACUGAGCCUGAGAUCCUGUGGCCAGAGAUGGGGGGGUCCGGGUAAAAAAGGGCUCUGGGACCCUCAUCUCUGGACAUGGGGGCUGAGGUUUGAGUCUUUCUGGACUCUCUGUAUCACGCCCAAAUUGUGCCCCCCUGUCCCCGAAUGACUGGGGGUAGCUGAAGGCCCAGGGCUGCCUCUGCUAGCCCUGGGGACAGGCCUGGUGUGGGGCCAGCUCUGGGUCCCCUGGGUCAGCCUUGCAUGUUUAUUGAAGGAUGUUUGCUUUCCGGACAGAAGGACGGAAAAGGCUCUAUUUUUAUGUUAGGCUUAUUUCAUGUGUAGCAUCUGUAUGAAAA